AUGACAGCAAAUGCUAGCCUGGAGCUGCGUGAUUCUGUGUGUUCUCUUGCUCUUCUAUAUAUAACAGGCACAAGUAGGUUUAGCCAGCAUCUUCUCACAACAACAAUACAUCUGCAAUUGGAGAUUUCUCGUGCUAAAGAGAAGAUGGAAGGUUCUUGCCAUGUUCGCUCUAACAGCAUGCCCUCUAGCUCGCAUCCUCUGACUCUCAGUUUUGAGGAGCACUUGAACAGGUUGAAGGCAUCAAAGGAAGCAUCUACAUCAGUACGCCACAAAUUCAGAGGCCUGAAGGAUCUAUAUGACUCCAUCGAUGAUUUGCUUCAACUGCCACUCACCCAACAAACUCUCAACCAAGAACGAAGCAAUCAAAAUGUAGAAGAGGUACUGCAUGGAUCUCUAAGACUACUUGACAGUUGUGAUAUUACCAGAGAUAUCUUCUCACGGAUGAGGGAAUACGUGAAAGAGCUUGAAUCAUCAUUGAGAAGAAGAAAAGGAGGAGAUUCUAGCUUGGCAAAUGAAGUUAGGGCCUAUAUGAUGUCCAAGAAGAAGCUUAACAAAGUCAUUGAGGUGUCCCUCAGGAACCUGAAGUUGGAAAAGAAGUGCACUAUAGUAAAUGCAACAGGCCCGAUCAAGACAUUAAGAGAAGUAGAAGAAAUUAGUCUUGCUGUGUUUUAA